CGAGAUCAACGCGUCACGCACGUAAGGGCUCGGAGACGUUCUCGAAAACCCCAAUGAACCAGGGUAUGAAUGCGGUUCCGCACAAUCCCGAUAGAUCUGGCAUAACAGGCGCUCGGAUUGCCACGUCGUCCACUCCAAAAGACGACGGGAAGAAAGCAGGCAGCGGCGAGCGUGGGCGGCUCUGGGAAUUAUUUUUGGGGACGUUCCCUGGUUUGGGUUACGUGGGAAUAUCAGCCUGGACGAACGCUCAGAUGUUAUCUUGGUUCUGUUUGUUCCCUCCGAAGCGUCUGUCGGAAGAUAGGACAGUGGGCUAGAUGGACCUUUGGUCUGACCCAGGAUGGCCGUUACGUAUGUUUGGGGGCACGCACCCCAAAUCCCCGCCCUCCCAAAUCUAAUGUUUUCAACUCGGUUUUGUAGAAUCAUAGAAGAUCAGGGUUGGAAGGGACCUCAGGAGGUAUCUAGUCCAACCCCCUGCUCAAAGCAGGACCAAUCCCCAACUAAAUCAUCCCAGCCAGGGCUUUGUCAAGCCGGGCCUUAAAAAUAUCUGAGGAUGGAGAUUCCAGUACCUCCCUAGGGAACCCAUUCCAGUGCUCUGUUCUUCUGCGCUUUGCUGGUAUAUCACAAGCUACGAAUUGCUAAAUCAUAAAAUUGUAGGACGGGAAGGGACCUCGAGAGUUCAUCUAGUCCAGUCCCCUGCCCUCAAGGCAGGACUAAGCAUUAUCUAUACUGGUGGUCCCCAACCUUUUCUUCUGGCGGGCACCAGACGAAGGACCGUGGCAGCGGUCGAGCGUCCGCCGAAUUUCGGCGGCAUUUCGGCGGCGACGCCUCUCGAUGACGCUGCUUGUCAGUGGCAAGCAACGUCAUCAAGCGGUGUUGCUGCUGAAAAGCCGCAGAAAUUCGGCAGCAUUUCGGCAGAUGCUCGACUGCCGGGCAGGGGGGCACUGCGUUGGGGACCCCUGAUCUAGACCAUUCCUGACAGGUGUUUGUCUAAUGUGCUCUUAAAAAUCUCCCAUGAUGGAGAUCCCACGACCUCCCUCGGCAAUUUAUUCCAGCGCUCAACCCGCUUGACAGUUAGGAAGUUUUUCCUGAUGUCCAACCUAAACCGCCCUUGCUGCAAUUUCAGCCCAUUGCUUCUUGUCCUGUCCUGAGGUUAAGAAGAACAAUUUUUCUUCAAAUAGCCUGAAAUCCAGCGUUGUUUGGACACGUGAUGUGGACCACUUCUGUUUUUAUGGCUACCAAGGUCCUAUCCUCAGAGGUUAAGAACCAUUUUUCUCCCUCCUCCUUGAAACAACCUUUUAUGUCCACGAAAACUGGUAUCAUGUCCCCUCUCCGUCUUCUCUUCUCCAGACUAAACCCACCCAACGUUUUCAAUCUUCCCUCGUCGCUCAUGUGUUCCAGACCUUUCGUCAUUUGUGUUGCUUUUCUCUGGAGUCGCUCCAAUUUGGCCACAUUUUUCCUGAAAUGUGCCGCUCAGAACUGGACACAGUCCUCCAGUGGAGGCCUAAUCAGCACGGAGUAGAGCGGAAGAAUGACUUCUCUUGUGUCUGGCUUACAAUGCUCCUGCUAAUACAUGGAUACAAGAAUGAUGUUUGCUUUUUUCACAACAGGGUCACUCCGCUGACUCGUAUUGAGGAGUUUCUGCAGUUCUCCUUCCUAGGCAGUCAUUUCCCAUUUCGUCUGCGUGCAUCGGAUUCUUCCUUCCCAAGUGGAGGACUUUGCAUUUGUCCUUAUUGACUUUCAUCCAGUUGACUUCAGACCAUUUCUCCAGUUUGUCCAGAUCACUUUGAAUUUUAAUCCUACCCUCCGAGGCGCUCGCAACCCUUCCUGGGUUGGUAUCGUCCGCAAACUUCACACGCGUUUCUGCUACUGACCGGGUCCGGAGACCCAAAGUUAUUGCAAAGCCGGCUUCAGGCGUUGCGUACGUUUCCCGACGGGCAGGAGAGCUUUCGUUGGCAUCUGUUGUUCCGGGUGGUAGCAUCUUCGCUCUCCUUUGCGCAUGAUACGGCCGGUUUAAUCUUGCACCGAAUAGCCGUGGAGACUCUCUGGAUGAAGAGGGCUUCGUGCCGAUCUAGCUUCAUCCACGGGGUCUAGCAGUGGGGAGAGGCCUGUUGAUUUGAGGGGGUCACCCCUGGCCUCGGGUGCGUGCCUCUGGGAUUGCCUAUAGAACGAAGGACCGUGGGAGGGCAGAAAUUAGGGUCUUCCCGCUGAAUGGUGCCCCUCUUAACGGGGCCUACCGCAUUGACACCCUACAUGGCCAAUCUCCUAGACAGAAAGACGAGAAAUAAGACUGGGGGGGGGAGCCCCUGGCAUGGAGGGGAAUGGGGGCCCCUGGCAUAGAGAGACGGGAACCAGACACAGGGGAGAAUAGGGGUCCCUGGUAUGGGGAGAGGGGCAGGUGGGGGGCCACCCAGAGUCCCAGGCAUGGGGGGGCAGUUUUGAGCCCAAGCAAGAGACGCAAAGGGAGGAAAAGGCAGCCAGCCCCCCUGCCCCGCACCCCACAGUGCCCCCUGCUGGGAGAAGCCGGGACUGGAGGAGCCGGGAGCUUCUCCCCCAGCCAGCCCCCUGUCCUGCACCCCACAGCGCCCCCUGCUGGGAGAGGCCGGGACUGGAGGACCUGUACUCCAGGGCAAAAUAGCCUUUUCUAAUGCCCCUUUUUCUCCUACAGUGAGCCCCAAUGCCGGUGGUGCACCCCGAGCCCCCCGACGGGGGCUGGGGCUGGAUGGUGGUGCUGGCCGCCUUCUUCCAGUCGGCGCUGGUUUUCGGGGUGAUCCGUUCCUUCGGCGUCUUCUUCAUGGAGUUUGUGGGGUACUUCGGGGAGCUGUCGGGGCGGGUGUCCUGGAUCACCUCCAUCGGGAUCGCGGUGCAGCAAUUUGCUAGUCCGGUGGGCAGCGCCCUCAGCACGCAAUACGGCGCGCGCCCCGUGGUGAUGGCCGGCGGCUUCCUCUCGGGGCUGGGCAUGAUUUUGGCUUCCUUUGCCACCAGCCUGACCCACCUGUACCUGAGCAUCGGGGUGCUCUCAGGCUUCGGGUGGGCCUUGGUCUUCACGCCCUCCGUGGCCUCGGUGGCCCGUUACUUCAAGAAGCGCCGGACGUUCGCCACAGGCUUGGCCUUCACGGGCGUGGGCCUGUCCUCCUUCGCCUUCUCCCCGCUCUUCCAGUUCCUGGUGGACACCUACGCCUGGCGGGGGGCCCUCCUGGUGGUGGCCGGCAUGUCCUUCAACCUGGUGGUGUGCGGAGCCCUCAUCCGCCCCCUGACCCUCAAGGAGGACCUGGCCGGCCCCGGGGACCCCGGCGAGAGCUGCCUGGGGAAGCUUUCCACCCUCUUUGGCCUCCCUUUGCUGUCCCACUGGCCCUUCAUGAGAUUCGUCCUGGCCGUGACCUUGAUCAACACCGGCUACUUCAUUCCCUACGUCCACUUGGUGGCCCGAGCCCGGGAGCUGGGCUUCGACGAGUACCAGGCCGCCUUCCUCAUGUCCGCGGCGGCCGUGGCCGACCUGUCUGGCCGCCUCCUCUCGGGUUGGCUGGCCGACUGCCGGGCUUUCCGCCUCACCCACAUCUUGGUGGCCUGGUCCUCCCUGACUGGCAUCUCCUUGGCGCUGGUGCCUCUGGGACGCGGCUACCCGUUGCUGAUGGCCAUCAGCGUCUGCUACGGGUUCUUCUCCGGGGCGCUCACCCCCGUGGUCUUUUCCAUCCUGCCGGAAAUCGUGGGCAUCGGGCGGAUUUUCGGCUCGAUGGGGCUGCUGCAGAUGAUGGAGAGCAUCGGCGGGCUUCUGGGAGCGCCGUUCUCUGGUUGGCUGCGGGACGUGACUGGGAACUACACGGCCUCUUUCUUGGCAGCUGGGGCCUUCCUCUUGGCCGGGAGCCUGGUUUUGGUCACUCUACCCAACUUCUUCUCCUGCCUGGGCUCCUCCUCUCCUGCCUGCACCCAGGUGGAGGCCGGGACAGAGCCGGCCUCUGGGGAACAUUCCUCCCAGGACAGAGACUGUCUGGCCAGAAGCCAAGAUCUCAGGGAGCCAGCGUGACUGCAAGGGGGUGCUGGCAGUGCCAGCCAGUGGCUGGGUGAAGGGCGGGGGGGAACCAAGGAGGGACAGCUCCACCCCACCCCCCACAGCUCCGUUGGGACCCCUCAAUCCAUUAUCACAGCCUGGGGCUUCUCCUGUCCCGGGGGUCCAAUCCCCUGUUUGUAUCCUCUGAUCCCUGGGGCGAACGUCUUCACUGGGACCAUAACCGGGUUCUGGAAGGGCUAAUGCGGUAGAUUCGAGCCUGGGGAGGGGUCCUAGGGUUUUGUCUGUCUUCCCACCACCACCACCCUCUUCAACAUCUCGACCUAGAAGGAUGUUCCUUCGCAGAAAUAAGCCACUUCACUACCACCCUUGCCCUCCUGGAUUCUCCUCCACUCCCUCCCACGGGCUCCAGCUCCAACCUCCCCCAGGCCUGCUGGAAGCUUAGGUCCAUAAUGCGGGGAGGACGCUGAGGAAGGGAGGGAGACCCCAGUGCGGAGCAGAAAUUGGAUCAGAGCCUGGGUCUAACGCAAAGAAUGUUUUAUGAAGGGGGAUCGGGCUGCUCCGUUCAUUUGGGGAAAUACAGCACUGACCCAGCGAGGGCAGGUGUAUGCAAACGGGGAAGUAAAAGGCCCCAUCCCGUAAUCUCAUGGGCAGCAGGCCCCUGCCUCAGUUUCCCCACUUGCUGCUGGGAAUGGCGGGCAGGAAAUGGACACUCAGCUUUGCACCCCACUCCGGGGGCAUGAGGGAUGUCCCAGAGCCCAGAAAUGCAGUUACCAAUGUAAAAACACCUCCCGCCCCCCCCCCCGAUUUAUGGAUUUUGUGCUGCUAGAUGUGUAAUUAGACGGGUGUGGCUGGGGAAGGGAACGGGGGGGUCUCAGUGGGCAUCGUUUACCCUCCAAAAGGUAGGAUUUGGUGAUUUAAAAUGGUGGAGGGGUUUAUAUAGAGAAAUGACGGUUUUGAGGGGGGCAAAAUGGCGGUUUCGAGUGCCGCCUUUUCUGGAACAGAGCUGUGUUGGGGGGGGGGGAAUUAAAACCAGACAAUUCCUCUGGCA